AUGGGUGGCUACUGGGUGGGGUAUUGUUAUAGUUCUCUUGUCUUCUCUUUUCUCAUAAUCUCUUCUUUUCCCUCGAUAUACGCAAAAACCCAACUUUCCCAAUUAUAUCCAAGUUAUGCAAAUCUCUCCAGCUCAUGGGCUAACAGCGUGGGACACUGGGCAAAGUCCUCGGAUUGGGUAACCGUGAAUCCCAUCCUUGUUAGAGAAACUAGUGGCCCAGGUUUCUUCUGUGGCUUCUACUGCCACUUUGAGAGCAAUUCAUGCCUCUUUGCAGUCCUCAUCUUCCAAGACGAAGACCACCCUCAGCUUGUGUGGUCUGCUAAUAGAAACAAUCCGGUCAAACUUAAUGCUACUCUGGAACUCACUGAACAAGGAGAUUUGAUCUUGUCAGAUGCUGAUGGCACUUUGGUCUGGUCCACAGACACAUCUGGAAAGAAUGUUUCAGGCUUAAACUUAACUGAAACUGGAGACCUUGUGCUCUUCAACACAGAAAACUCUGCCGUGUGGGAGUCUUUCCAUCACCCAACUGACUCUUUGGUUGUGGGUCAAUCUUUGCUUGAUGGGAUGAAGCUGACGGCCAGUAUAUCGGAUUCAAAUUGGACUGAAGGUUUGUUUUCAAUUUUGCCGACAACUCACGGAUUUGUUGCUCAGUUAGAGUCCAACCCUCCGCAGCUCUAUUACGAAUUCAAGAGUAAAGGUUCUAGAAUUUUGAACAGAAGUGUAGGAGCUUUUAUCUCUUACAAUAACGGAAGCCUCCGCCUGCCCACUUAUGAUGACGGACACCCUUCAUUUAUUCCUAUUCCUAAGGCAGGAUCUGCUCAAUACAUGAAGUUGGAGGCUGAUGGUCAUUUGCGGGUUUAUGAGUGGCAAAAACCUAACUGGACGGCGGUGGCUGACCUUCUGAAAGGAAAUAAAGACGGGGGUGGAUACCCAUUAGACUGCGGGAGAUAUGGUAUCUGCUCACAAGGGCAGUGUUCCUGUCCCCUGGCAUCAACUAAUGGAACAUCCUACUUUAGGCCAAUAAAUAAAAAGCAACCCAACCUGGGCUGCUCUGCAUUUCAACCCAUAUCUUGCCACUUGUCUCAAUAUCACACCCUUCUUGAGCUUCCACACACAGAAUACUUCACUUUUCGCGCGGACAUUCAGAAUACAGAUAUACAGACUUGCAAGAAGGCCUGUCUGAAAAACUGUUCAUGCAAAGCUGCUCUGUUUAACCACAAUUCAAAUAUUUCAAUUGGGGAUUGCUGCCUGCUAUCCGAAGUCUUUUCACUCCAGAACAUGAAUGGAACAUACAAUUAUAGCACAUCUUUUUUUCUGAAAGUGCAGAUCGAAACAGGGGAUGUUGGAAACAUGAUUCGGAAAAGAACAGGGCAUGCUCGAAUGGUACUUGGUUCAAGUCUUGGAGCGUUUUUGGGUGUAUUAGUUUGCAUUGGUCCUUGCCUUUUUCUUUUAUGGAAGAGAAGACACUCCCUGGAAGUUGAGGAGGAUUAUUUAGACUGGGUACAAGGAAUGCCCACUAGAUUUUCCUAUCAUGAAUUGAAAGCUAGCACCAAAAAUUUUAGUUGCAAGCUUGGGGAAGGAGGAUUUGGUGUGGUGUUCGAAGGGAUUCUGAGCAAUGGAAUGAAAGUUGCAGUAAAGCGCCUUGAAGGCUUAGGGCAAAUCAAGAAGUCAUUUUUGGCCGAAGUUGAGACAAUAGGCAACAUUCACCAUGUCAAUUUGGUAAGAUUGAUUGGAUUUUGUGCUGAAAAAUCACAUAGGCUGUUAGUCUAUGAGUACAUGUGCAAUGGAUCCUUGGAUAAGUGGAUCUUCCACAGAAACAAGGACCUUACUCUUGGUUGGCAAUCAAGAAAGAAGAUCAUACUCGACAUAGCCAAAGGACUGGCCUAUCUCCACGAAGAUUGCAGGCAGAAGAUUUUUCACUUGGACAUUAAGCCUCAAAACAUCCUCUUGGAUAAACAUUUCAGAGCAAAAGUUUCUGAUUUCGGAAUGUCAAAGCUCAUUGACAAGGAUCAAAGCCAAGUUGUAACAAAAAUGAGAGGAACACCCGGGUACUUAGCUCCAGAAUGGUUGAGCUCAGUCAUCACAGAGAAAGUGGAUGUUUACAGCUUUGGUGUGGUGGUAUUGGAAAUUCUGUGUGGGCGAAGAAACAUAGAUAGAUCCCAGCCAGAGGAAGAUAUGCAUUUACUAAGCAUAUUCAAGAGAAAGGCAGAAGAGGAGCAACUUGCGGAUAUAAUUGAUAAACACAGCGAGGACAUGGAAGAACAUGGAGAGGAAGUAAUGGAGAUGACGAGGGUGGCUGCAUGGUGUCUGCAAAGUGAUUAUGCCAAGAGGCCUUCCAUGUCUGUGGUGGUGAAGGUUUUGGAGGGUUCAGUUGGAGUAGAAAUUAACUUGGAUUACAGCUUUUCAUAUUCACCAUUAUCAGGAAAAUCUCUGGCCCAGGGGUACAAGGCAGCUAGUGCUAGUCCUCCAUUACUGCCAUGCACUUUGUCAGGACCCAGGUGAAAGGGAGUCCCUCCUCUAUGAGGUUUCAUUGUAAUUUUAGUUUGUAUUGUCAGUGUAGGCCAAAAUUCCUGUGUUUUGGAUCUCCAUUGUUUUAGCUUUAUCCAAGGUGAGAAGAGGGCCUUGGUUUAAAACUCUCUUAAUAUUUGAAAUAGUGAAAUUAAUAUUUGUAAGAUCAAAAAGCUUCACCAAUAAUAAAGCAAAUUUUCUUUUUCUUGGA